UUUCUCGAUAAUCUCGGCAGCUUUCACGUACAAAGCCAUUGUUAGAAAACUAGUUUAGAGUAAGUUUUUUUAUUUUUUUAUUUUUACAGAGAAUGUGUUUUCAUUAUGUACAACUACAUGAAUAUAUCUCCACGACACCCACGUUUGUGCAAUAUGCUUUGCUGCCAAAAAAAACAACUUUACUGCCGAAUGAAAAAUGUAGGUAUCGAUUUACGUUAGAACUCAAAGUGCCUACGACCGUGCGACAGUUACAUACUGUACUGUCUUUGACCGUGCUCUGCUACUGACUUCAGAAACUGAAUGAAGACGAAUGUUUAUGCAUUUGUAAAGCAAGUUAGAGUAGUCGUUUUUGCAUGUCAUACAGUUAAUAACUACAACAAUAUUUAUAUUUAAAUACACCGAUAUUGCUAGCUGAGCAAAGCUGCAUGCACAGCAAGUAGCUAACGUUACCUAGGCUAGCUUCUCAGAGUUUGCUAGUUAGCUUUAGUUAGCUAUAAUUUUAGCCAGUGCUAACGUGGCACAACUGUGCAAAGAUGGAGUUUGCUGCUCUUAUUGCCUUGACCGUAUUAAUAGGAAUGCUGAUAAUUUUGGUCGCAAUCGCUGUGGGAAAGCAGAAAGGAGAAAUAAGUGAUCAACUAGAGCAGAAAGAAGAUGACUCGGUUGCAGAGGAAAGUGCAGUGAAGGCUUCCACUGCCAAGAAACAGAAACAACAGCGUCCUCGCAAGGAGAAAGCCCAGCAGCAAACCUUCAGCCAUCCUCUCCUGGCAUCCUCCUUGAAGAGUCACAGUGGCAAUGUGACGUCCCUGGACUUCAGCAGCAACGGGAAGUACCUAGCUACUUGUGCUGAUGACCGCACUGUCAGGAUAUGGAGUACCAAGGACUUCCUGGACAGAGACCAUAAAUGUCUGAGGGCCAACGUAGAGCUGGACCACGCCACGCUGGUCCGCUUCAGCCCUGACUCAAAGGCCUUCAUUACUUGGCUGGCUAACGGAGAUACUAUUCGCAUCUUCAAGAUGACCAAGAAGGAUGAUGGUAGCUUCACUUUCAAAGCUGCCCCUGAAGACUUCCCUCAGAAACACAAGACCAAUGUCAUCAACAUCGGCAUCGCAGAGACGGGCAAGUUCAUCAUGAGUGCCUCCACUGACACCAACAUCCUCAUCUGGGACCUGAAAGGAGAGGUACUGGCCUCUGUCAUCACCAACCAGAUGACCAACUCCUACGCUGCCAUCUCACCAUGUGGCAGGUUUGUUGCCUCCUGUGGCUUCACUCCUGACGUGAAGGUGUGGGAGGUGUGCUUCGGGAAGGGUGGCGAGUUCAAAGAGGUGGCCCGCGCCUUCGACCUAAAGGGCCAUUCAGCUGGAGUCCACUCCUUUGCGUUCUCUAACGACUCACGCAGAAUGGCCACUGUGUCCAAGGAUGGCACAUGGCGACUGUGGGACACGGAUGUGGAGUACAAGAAGCAACAGGACCCCUACCUACUAAAGUCAGUGCCUUGCCAGUCGUCGGAGGGAAGCCGUGUGGCCCUGUCGCCGGACGCCCGCGUGGUGGCCAUCUCCAACAGCUGCAGCGUGGCCAUGUACAGCACCUCCACGGGUCAGCUGGAGGAGGAGUUCCACGGAGUCCACAGCGAGGAGAUCACUGAUCUGAGGUUUGACAUCAACAGCCGCUACCUGGUGUGCAGCGGGGACCGGGCGGUGCGUGUGUUCCACAAUGCGCCGGGCUACCGUGCGGCCAUCCAGGACAUGCAAGCCAUGCUGAAGAAGGCCCAGAACGAGGGCAUGAAACAAAGGCUAAAACAGCAGAUACAGGAGGCGCAGAGCGCGCUGGACACUGUGCUCACAGCACCCAAGGAUUAAAGAACUAAAGCCCCCCUCCACCCUAGGCUUGGUGUGUAGACCCCUAUUUCGAUCUCUCUCUUCCUCCCCUUCUCUCACACACUGCCUCCACAGAAUGGCAUGCAAUUUGACUCCUAUCAGGGAUGUGACAUUUGCAUGCUGGUUUUAAUAAAUAAAUCAUGAUAUGUUUCUAUAGAAA